GUGUUUGUUUCUUGUAGUUUAUUCUUGUAUGUUUCUCGUUUUCGUGCAAAGCUAACAGAGGUUUCGUUCGUGUCUGUCCCAAAUUUUCACAGAGAAAAAUUCGGUUCCGCUACCUCCCUCCAUCACGCCACAGGAUCAUGCCUGUCAGAGUAUUGGAAAACGUCGCCGUUUCUCAAACAGUUCUCGGUCCAAAUGCUAGGCGUGGUUCAUUUCAAUCUUGUAGUCUUCUACGUGUUGGGCAGGCCUUUUCUGGCACUCAGAAUGUUUCAAGCCUACAAAAGGAUGAAGCAUGGAGAGUAAAUGUCCGUAUACAAGGAUGUGACCUAGAGCAUGGUUAUCUAUGUGGCACCAUGGAGGCUCUUAAUGUUCCUAUGGCAGACACGCCGGUAGUAACAUUCUGGGAAGGGGAGAUUGUUGAUAUCAAGAAUUAUACUUUCUUCACUGGCAAAUGGGAGGCAGCACCAGAGGAUGAUAUAAGGCACUGGACUAAGUUUCCAUCCUUUUCUCCCAUAUUGGGCCAAGUGGAGUUAGAUGGUGGCAAGAAUUUGGACCUAAGCAACUAUCCUUACAUAUUCAUGAGAUGGAAAGAGCAGUACUUUGUGAAUGUUGGAACUGACUGUGGGUUAACUAUUGCUGGCUUUUACUAUGUUUGUUUCUCUUGCAGCGAUGGCUCUAUCAGUGGGUUCUAUUAUGAUCCUAAUAGCAGCCCCUUCCAGAAGCUUGAGUUGAAAUCCACAAAUGAUGGAAGAUCAGGUUUCAGUUUUUCAUCAUAUGAGUUACAAUAGAUUGGGAGAAAUGUAACAUGUACCUUUCAUCUAAUUGAACUUCCUUUGAAGUCUAUGAGUGAGAAAUGUGGAUAAUUUAAGUGUACUGUUGCCAUAUAGAGUGGGGAAUGCAUAUCUUGUAUUUCCCCCCUUUUCUUCAAGUUAUGGUAUGUCAUGAUAUUUGAGGUGUCCCCGUAUCUUUUGCAAGGGAGGUCAUCUGAGGCAUGACCUUUUUAUAUGAAUUUACAGUUCAAUUGUCUUAUUGUCAAACAUGUAACUUGUUAAAUCCAUGUUUUAUUCACUAAUAAGUUUUAAGAGUCA